AUGAAUCCUGGCACACUGCCCCCUGAGCUCCUGGAUGAGUACAAGGGUGUGUUUGAGAUGUUUGAUGAAGAAGGGAAUGGCUUGGUGAAGACGGAUGACUUAGCCAAACUGAUGAGCCUGCUGGGGAUCAACAUCACCAAACGGGAGCUGGCACAGAUGGCCAAGGACGUUGACAAAGAGGGGAAAGGUCUGUUUAACUGCGACAACUUCCUUGUGCUGAUGGGAGAUUACCAUGAGAAGGCCAAGAACCAGGAUGAGGAAUUGAAGCAGGCUUUCCUGGUGUUUGACCCUGACCUGAAGGGUUACAUCGACUGGAAUACAUUGAAGUACGUUCUGAUGAACGCUGGGGAGCCUCUCAAUGAAGAGGAGGCCGAGCAGAUGAUGAAGGAGGCAGACAAAGAUGGUGAUGGCACUAUCGACUACCAAGAAUUUGUUGACAUGAUGACGGGUGAAUCCUUCAAAUUGCUCAAGUAA